AUGAAGGGCCCGACCUGGCAGAUGUCGCUGCUGGCGUCGCAGCAGCAGCAGCAGCAGCAGCAGCAGCAGCAGCAGCAGCAGCAGCAGCAGCAGCAGCAGCAGCAGCAGCAGCAGCAGCAGCAGCAGCAGCAGCAGCAGCAGCAGCAGCAGCAGCAGCAGCAGCAGCAAGACACCAGCCUGGCGAGCGCGGUCUUCUCCGCCGCCACCAGCCGCGUCGACAUGAGCGGCGUCUGGACGCGCACUGAGUAG